AUGGCAUAUUUUCCCACAAGUGUUGUGACAUUGAAGUUUCGCAGGGACGCGUCAAAGCUUCUUCCAGAAGCAAUCAUGGAGGCAUUCAGUCCCUCCAACUCAUCAACUGCGGCGGCGGUGACCUUCAUUACAUUCGUACAGGACCUCAAGCGCAAGACCAAGACAUGGGGUCCUAUGAUAGAUCUAUGUGCCAACGGCGAGAAGACACUAGAGCGCUUUCGGUACCAAUUCCCAGAUGACUGGCUAUACAGCGACCAACUUAGAGGAGAAUGGAGCGCAUAUAACGAGAUUCUCAAGAGAAAGAAUGAUUCCAUUCAAGAGCAGCUGGCGGGCCUUCAACUCAAGAUAGUUGCCGAAGACAAGAUCGUAGAGAACAAGAUCAACGAUAUCCUGUCGGAAUGGGAGCAGACACGUCCCGUACAAGGCAGCCUUCGUGCAGACACGGCUAUGAACACUAUUAACGUAUUCGAAGGGAAGCUUACUCGCGUGCAGGAGGAGUAUGACCUCGUCUGCAGGGCAAAGGAGGCUCUAGACCUCGAGCUGACGCGUCAUACACGCCUUGAACCGGUCUUCGAGGAGCUACGUGACCUCAAAGCAGUAUGGACGGCGCUUUCUGGUGUAUGGAGCCAGAUUGGCGACCUGAGGGAGAUGUCGUGGUCAGUGGUGCAACCGAGGAAGUUGAGGCAGCAGCUCGAUGGCCUCUUGACGUCGACGAGGGACAUGCCUACGCGUAUGAGGCAGUACGCAGCGUUUGAAUACGUCCAGGACGUACUGCGUGGACUUUUGAAGUCGAACUCGCUCAUUUCGGACUUGAAGUCGGAGGCGCUGAAGGAUAGACACUGGAAGCAGCUCUUCAAGGUUUUGAGACUUCCGUCUCAGAUCAGUUUGACCCUUAUGACUCUUGGCCAUGUUUACGAUUUAGACCUCAAGAAGAAUGAUACUCCCAUACGCGAGGUUAUCAUCCAAGCGCAGGGGGAGAUGGCCCUCGAAGAGUAUAUCAAGCAAGUGAAGGAAAUAUGGACGAACUACACGCUUGAUCUUAUCAACUAUCAGAACAAGUGUCGUUUGAUAAAGGGAUGGGAUGACCUCUUUAACAAGUGCAGCGAGAACUUGAACUCCUUGACUGCAAUGAAGUUGUCGCCUUAUUACAAGGUCUUUGAGGAAGAAGCAGGGUCAUGGGAAGAUAAACUCAACAGGAUCCAUGUACUCUUUGAUAUCUGGGUUGACGUACAGCGUCAAUGGGUAUAUCUAGAAGGCAUCUUCUCAGGCAGUGCGGACAUCAAGCACCUCCUUCCGGUGGAAAGCGCCCGCUUCCAGAACAUCAAUGCAGAGUUCCUGACCGUGAUGAAAAAAGUGUACAAGUCGCCAUUCGUCAUAGACGUCAUGAACAUCCAGGGCAUCCAGAAGAGCUUGGAGCGUUUGGCCGACCUCUUGAAUAAGAUCCAAAAAGCGCUUGGUGAAUACCUCGAGCGCGAGCGGUCUUCGUUCCCUCGGUUCUACUUUGUGGGCGAUGAAGACCUGCUGGAGAUCAUCGGCAACAGCAAGGAUAUCGUGCGCAUCAUGAAGCACCUGAAAAAGAUGUUUGCUGGCAUUUCGACCAUCAAGCUUGAUGAGGACCUUACUCAGAUCCAGGGCAUGGCCUCGCGCGAAGGGGAGGAGGUUAAAUUCAGCGAGCCUGUUUUGCUCAAGGAUUUCCCCAAGAUCAAUGACUGGCUCACAAAGCUCGAAUCCAUGAUGCGAUUGUCCCUUGCGGAUCUUUUGUGUGAUGCUGUCACCGAGCUACAGUCCUUCUAUGGCACUGGUUCUCCCUUGGAAAUGGACCAGCUCAUGACGUGGAUGGAGAAGUAUCCUGCACAGUUGGUCACUCUAGCUGUUCAAGUUGCGUGGACUACUGCAGUUGAUGCCACUCUCGAGUCUGGCAAGCUCCCAGAACCGCCACUUGAAACAGUCAGCCAGGCACUCGACCUUCUUGCGGACAUUGUGCUGCAGGAACUGAGCCCUGUCACCCGCCGCAAGUGUGAGCACCUCAUUACCGAACUGGUCCACCAAAGAGACGUUACACGUACCCUCAUCCAGCAGCGUGUCACAGACACCAAGGCCUUUACGUGGCUAGCGCAGAUGCGUUUCUAUUUGGAUCGCUUUGUGGAGAACCCAUUAGACAGACUUGCUAUCUCCGUUGCUGAUGCAUCGUUCCCUUACGGAUGGGAGUAUCUCGGUGUCCCCGAUCGUCUUGUCCAGACACCGUUGACAGACCGAGUGUACUUGACACUGACUCAGGCGCUCGACAACCAGCUGGGAGGCUCACCUUUUGGACCUGCUGGUACAGGCAAAACGGAGUCUGUCAAAGCUCUUGGUGUCCAGCUGGGGCGUUUCGUUUUGGUCUUCUGUUGCGACGAGACUUUUGAUUUCCAAGCCAUGGGUCGCAUCUUCGUUGGGCUUUGUCAAGUUGGUGCAUGGGGAUGUUUUGACGAAUUCAAUCGACUUGAGGAGCGUAUUCUCAGUGCUGUGUCUCAGCAAGUACAAAGCAUUCAGCAAGGUCUUGUUGCAUUGGUGAAGAACCCUAACAUCGAAAUCGAGCUUGUUGGCAAAAACCUCAAGAUCAAUAAGAACAUUGGUAUUUUCAUUACGACUAACCCCAACUACGCUGGUCGGUCUCAGCUCCCGCCUAACUUGACGAAAUUGUUCAGGCCGAUGGCCAUGACGAGACCCGACCGCGAACUGAUUGCCCAGGUCAUGCUCUUCUCACAAGGUUUCCGUACAGCGGAGUCACUUGCUUCAAAGAUUGUACCGUUCUUCAAUCUUUGCGAUGAACAGCUCUCCCCCCAGCCACAUUACGAUUUCGGUCUCCGUGCUUUGAAGGCUGUCCUAGCAAGUGCUGGUAUCUUGAAGCGUGAGCGUCUGCAGAGUGCGAGAUCUGAAGAUGCGGAUGGUGCAGUUGGUCUUUCUGAUAGCAUCUCGGAGCAGAUUAUCCUCAUCCAGAGUGUCACCGAGACAAUUGUGCCGAAGUUGGUUGCAGAUGAUGUUCCUCUGCUUACCAGCCUGCUUGCUGAUGUCUUCCCCGGUACCGACUACGUUCCGGUUGACCUCGAUGCUUUGCGCGAGCAAAUUCUCAAGGUUUGCGCGGAACGUCGCCUUGUCGACGGUGAUCGAUGGGUUGCCAAGAUUCUUCAACUUUAUCAGAUUCAGAAGAUUCAACAUGGUCUCAUGAUGGUGGGACCUUCGGGUACUGGAAAGACCAAUGCUUGGCAGGUUCUGCUUGCCGCACUUGAGAGGCUCGAUGGCACCGAAGGAAUUCCCUAUGUCAUUGACCCUAAGGCCAUGCACAAGGACGCGCUGUACGGCACACUCGAUCCUACUACACGUGAAUGGAACGACGGGCUGUUUACCCACAUCUUGCGCAAGAUUGUUGAUGAUGUUCGUGGUGAAAGCAGUAAGAGACACUGGAUCAUCUUCGAUGGCGAUGUUGAUCCUGAGUGGGUCGAGAACUUGAAUAGUGUGCUGGAUGAUAACAAACUGCUCACGCUGCCCAACGGUGAACGCCUGAACCUCCCGCCGAAUGUUCGCAUCAUGUUCGAGGUCGAGCAUCUUCGCUAUGCCACCUUGGCUACCGUUAGUCGUUGCGGUAUGAUCUGGUUCAGUGAAGACGUCAUUGAACCAUCAAUGGUCUACCGUCACUACCUCAACACUCUGUCAACAGUGCCCCUGGAUGCGGAUGAUGAAGAUGCCGUCGAUAUGCCUGGCCGUCGUGUUGAUGCGCUAGCCGCAGACGCAUCUAACUCUGCCAAUCUUGCCACUCAAGUACAGAUCGCGUCCAUUCUGGAGCGCUAUUUCGGCGACGGAGAUCUUGUUGGCUCUGCCCUGACGUUCGCCGAGUCUAUAGAUCAUAUCAUGGACUUCACCUCGACACGUGCAUUGCAUACUCUUUUCUCGCUCUUGAACAAGACAGCGCGAAACGUCAUCGAGUACAACCUGCAACAUUCCGAUUUCCCUCUUGCACCUGAAAAGGUAGAGCAGUAUGUCACCAAACGGCUACUUGUGAGCAUUAUUUGGGCAUUUUCCGGUGAUGCCAAACUCGACCUUCGAGCUGAGAUGGGCUACUUCUUGCGCAAGCAAACCGGCAUCGACCUUCCAACGAUGGGCUCCGACAACUCCCUCAUUGACUUCGACGUCCAAAUUUCCACUGGUGACUGGAUUGCUUGGCAGUCCAAGGUGCCCUCCAUCGAGAUCGACGCUCACGCCGUCACAUCUUCAGACAUUGUUGUACCUACGAUGGACACUGUGCGCCACGAAGAAGUUUUGUACUCAUGGCUAUCAGAGCACAAACCUCUGAUGCUUUGUGGUCCUCCGGGUUCUGGAAAGACCAUGACCUUGUUCAGUGCAUUGCGCAAGCUUCCCGACAUGGAAGUUGUUGGUCUGAACUUCUCCAGCGCUACCACGCCAGAGCUCAUCUUGAAAACCUUUGAGCAGUAUUGCGAGUAUCGCAAGACUCCGAACGGUGUCAUUCUGGCCCCAGUGCAGAUCGGUCGGUGGUUGGUUGUCUUUUGCGAUGAGAUCAAUCUUCCCGCUCAAGAUAAAUACGGCACCCAGCGAGUCAUCUCUUUCUUGCGUCAGCUUGUCGAAUGUGGAGGUUACUGGCGUGCGAAGGAUAUGGCCUGGGUCAAGUUGGAGCGCAUUCAGUUUGUGGGUGCUUGCAACCCUCCCACUGAUCCUGGACGUGUACCUCUUAGCCAUCGUUUCCUUCGUCACGCUCCCCUCGUCAUGGUAGAUUAUCCUGGAGAGGUUUCCUUGAAACAGAUUUAUGGCACGUACAACAGAGCACUGUUGAAAGUGGUCCCAACUCUGCGGGCAUAUGCAGAGCCACUGACAGAUGCCAUGGUCGCCUUCUAUCUCUCAUCUCAGAAACGCUUCACAACCGAUAUCCAAGCACAUUACGUCUACAGUCCUCGUGAGCUGACAAGAUGGGUUCGUGGUAUCUACGAGGCAAUCCGGCCUUUGGAAACGUUGUCUGUCGAAGGUCUUGUGCGUGUCUGGGCGCAUGAGGCCCUGCGCCUGUUCCAAGACCGUCUUGUCACGGAGGAUGAGAAAAGUUGGACGGACGAACACAUCGAUAACGCAGCCAUGGAGUACUUCCCGACGAUCGACCGGAAUGAAGCCCUCCACAGACCAAUCCUUUUUUCCAACUGGACCUCCAAAUACUAUAUUCCUGUUGAGCGUGAGGAGCUUCGUGAGUACACGAAAGCUCGCCUCCGAGUCUUCUACGAGGAAGAACUGGACGUGCCACUUGUUCUCUUUAACGAUGUUCUCGAUCAUGUGCUUCGGAUUGAUCGAGUAUUCCGCCAGGUGCAGGGGCAUCUGCUUCUUAUUGGUGUCAGUGGUAGCGGCAAGACCACACUCUCACGUUUUGUCGCAUGGCUUAAUGGACUCAGCAUCUUCCAGAUCAAGGUCUCCAAUAAGUACACUGGUGAUGAUUUUGACGACGAUUUACGGACAGUAUUGCGCCGAUCUGGUUGCAAGGGCGAAAAGAUUUGCUUCAUUAUGGAUGAGUCCAACGUCCUUGAUUCUGGUUUCUUGGAACGGAUGAAUACGCUCCUUGCCAACGCUGAAGUUCCUGGUCUCUUUGAAGGAGAUGAACACGCUGCGCUUAUGACAGCUUGCAAAGAAGGUUCUCAAAGGGAUGGCCUGAUGCUCGAUUCGCACGAGGAGCUUUAUCGAUGGUUCACUCAGCAGGUCGCUAAAAAUCUUCAUGUCGUCUUCACUAUGAACCCGCCUGAGAACGGCCUUGCUUCUCGUGCUGCUACUUCUCCUGCGUUGUUCAAUCGUUGUGUUCUUGACUGGUUCGGUGACUGGUCCGACCAGGCAUUCUAUCAAGUCGGAAUGGAGUUCACGCAUACAAUUGACCUCGAUCUGCCUUCCUACACCCCUCCCGCACUCUUCCCCAUUGCAUACCGCGACUUGUCCAUGCCACCAGUCCACCGCACAGCAGUGGUGAACGCAUUGGUUUACGUUCACUCGUCGUUGCACCAGAUCAACCAACGUUUGAGCCGCCGGCAGGGUCGUUAUAACUAUGUCACACCGCGUCACUAUUUGGACUUCAUUAAUCAAUAUGUUCGUCUCUUCAAUGAGAAACGUGAUGAGCUCGAGGAGCAACAGCGCCAUCUGCAUGUUGGUCUCGACAAGCUGAAGGAUACCGUCACUCAAGUUGAGGAGCUGCGCAAGAGUCUGGCCAUCAAACGAUCUCAACUGCAAGCGAAAGAUGCUGAAGCCAACGAGAAGCUCAGGCGCAUGGUUGCAGAUCAACAGGAAGCUGAACAGAAGAAAACUGCUUCAAUAGAGAUCCAAGCGGCUCUUGUCGAACAAGAUAAAAACAUUGCUCAACGUCGCUCCGUUGUCAUGGCGGACUUGGCUGACGCGGAACCGGCUGUCCUGGAUGCCCAGUCUGCCGUUAGCAGUAUCAAGAGGCAGCAUCUCCAAGAGGUCAGAACCAUGGCGAACCCUCCUGAAGCAGUAAAGCUUGCCAUGGAGUCCGUAUGUACCCUGCUGGGACACAAAAUCGACAACUGGCGUACUGUUCAGGGUAUCAUUCGUCGGGACGACUUCAUUCAGAGGAUCGUCAACUUUGACACCAAUAGUCAAAUGACGAAGCCCCUUCGCGAGCUGAUGAAAAGGGACUUCCUGAGUCGACCUUCGUUCAACUUCGAAACAGUGCAGCGUGCGAGUAAAGCUUGCGGUCCCCUGGUGAAAUGGGUUCUCGCUCAAGUACGUUUCUCCGAGAUUCUCGACAAGGUAGAGCCUUUGCGCAAUGAGGUCCAAUCACUGGAGUCGCAGGCAGAUAUGACAAAGAAACAGGCCUCCCAGAUCAUUACCAUUGUCGCCGAGUUGGAGUCCAAGAUUGCGACCUAUAAAGAGGAGUAUGCGUUGCUUAUCAGCGAGACACAGGCUAUCAAAUCGGAGAUGGAGCGUGUGCAGAGCAAAGUGGACAGGAGCAUGAAACUUCUUGAAAGUUUGUCAUCGGAGAAAGGCCGUUGGGAGUCGGGGAGUCGCACAUUCGACGCGGAGAUGAGCACCAUCGUUGGCGAUGUCUUACUUUCAGCUGCCUUUUUAGCUUAUGGCGGCUUCUUCGAUCAACAUUAUCGCGAGGUCAUGUGGCAGGAAUGGUCGAGCCAUCUUCACGAAGCAAGCAUCAAUAUCUAUCGACCUGCUGAUGAUCGCCUGAGCUGGCAAUCGAAGUCACUCCCAUCGGACAAUUUGACUACGGAGAACGCAAUCAUGUUGAAACGAUUCAACCGCUACCCUCUCAUAAUCGAUCCCACAGGGCAAGCCACCACAUUCCUUCUCAACGAAUACAAGGACCGCAAGAUCACUGUCACUAGCUUCUUGGAUGAGGCAUUCCUCAAGGUCCUUGAGAGCGCUCUUCGUUUCGGGAAUCCUUUACUUAUUCAAGAUGUCGAACAUCUCGAUCCUAUCCUGAACGCUGUGCUGAACAGGGAAAUUCGGAGAACGGGUGGUCGUGUUCUCAUCCGCCUUGGCAGCCAGGACAUCGACUUCUCUCCUUCGUUUACCAUGUUUUUGUCCACUCGCGACCCCUCUGUCGAGUUCUCUCCAGAUAUCUGCAGCAGGGUAACGUUUGUUAACUUCACCAUGACGAGGAGUAGUCUCCAGAGUCAGUCGCUAGACCAAGUUCUUAAAGUCGAACGUCCGGACACUGAACGUAAGAGAACUGAUCUGAUGAAGGCUCAAGGAGAGUUCCGACUUCGCCUUCGCACGCUGGAAAAGUUGCUGCUGCAAGCUCUCAAUGAAUCAACGGGUAACAUUCUUGACGAUGACAAAGUCAUUAGCACCUUGGAGACCCUCAAACGAGAGGCCGCGGACAUUACUCACAAGGUUGAAGAAACGGAUAUCGUUAUGAAGGAGGUUGAGCAAGUGACUGCGGAGUACCUGCCUCUGGCGCAGGCAUGCAGUUCCGUCUUUUUCAUUCUUGAGCAACUUAACCUUGUCAACCACUUCUACCAAUUCUCGCUGCGGUUCUUCUUGGACAUAUUCGACUACGUUUUGCAUCACAAUCCUAAUCUCAAGAACGUAUCCGACCAUCAUCGCCGGCGCGAAAUCCUCCUCAAUGACUUGUUCUUAAUCGUCUACAAGCGGACUUCUAGGGCUCUUCUUCAUCGCGAUCAUGUGAUGCUCGCCGUUCUUCUGGCUCAAGUCAAGCUCCGUGGAACGGAAGAUAUCAGUGACGGACUGGAGUUCCUGCUGGAGAGCGGGCAAGGCGUUGCAGUUUCUACAGCUCCCUCAACAGAGCACCCUACCCCUUCGAUACUGACGCCAGAUCAGAUGGUGCACUUGGAGAGUUAUGCCAAACAAUCCCUAUUCAAGCCAGUUCUCAACAAUAUAUUGGAGCACCCAGAUGAUUGGAUUCCUUUCCUGCAAUCGAGUAGUCCUGAAUCUAUCGUUCCAACGCCCUGGGAACCCAAUACGCCUGUCGUCGAAGCACUGCGUUCAAUGUUGAUUGUCAAGUGCCUUCGGCCCGACAGACUGUUGCAGUCCACGGCCCUAUUCGUUCGAAAUGUGUUCCAGAGCGACCUCUCAUCCGAUUUAGACCUGGGCGCCAUGGUCGCGAAUGAGGUGCCGGCGGCGACUCCUUUGGCCCUUGUAUCGGUUACGGGUUAUGACGCCAGUUACCGCGUAGAGAACCUCAUACAAUCUACCGGUGCACGUUCCUCCUCAGUGGCCAUGGGUUCUCAAGAAGGUUUUACGUUGGCAGACCAAGCAAUCGCAGCAGCAUCCCGUCAAGGGACAUGGGUGCUUCUGAAGAACGUGCAUCUUGCUCCUACGUGGCUAGGACAACUGGAGAAGAAGCUCCAGACAUUGAAUCCUCAUCGAAAUUUCCGCCUUUUCCUGACCUUAGAAGCGAAUCCUUCCAUUCCUGUAAACAUCUUACGCCAGUCACGCAUCAUCAUGAAUGAGCCUCUGCCAGGAAUUAAAGCAAACCUCUUGGACUCACUUGGAUCCAUAACGCCACAGCGGCUGGCGCAAGGUCCAUCAGAGAAGAUACGUCUGUACUUCCUACUGGCGUGGUUCCAUGCUGUUGUCCAAGAGCGUCUCCGCUAUGUCCCAUUAGGUUGGAGCAAGACUUACGACUUUAACGACUCUGAUAUGGCCUCGGCUUUCGGAACCAUCGACACCUGGCUCAAUGCAGUUGCUAAAGGACGAGCAAAUGUAGACCCGGCAAACAUUCCUUGGGAUGCCCUCAGAACGCUGAUCAAGCAGUCCGUCUACGGAGGAAGAGUUGACAGUGAUUUUGAUCAGCGCAUUUUGGACGCCUUUGUCGACAAGCUCUUUACGCCUGCUGCAUACAACGUUGACUUCGACCUCGUUCCAACCGUCGGUGAAGACCAUGGGCUUGAAGCUCCUGAUGGCACCAAACUAGAGCAUUUCUUGACCUGGGUUCAACGCCUACCUGAUCGCGAACCACCCGCAUGGCUAAGCCUCCCUCCAACCGCAGAGCGUGUUAUUGCUGUAGCGCAAGGUAAUGAACUGCUUGGUAAAUUGCGCAAGAUGCGGACUCUGGCAGAUGAUGACGAGCUCGGAAAUGCCGCUGGUCCCUCAAAAAGUCAGACCCCGCAGCAACCUGCAUGGAUGCGCAACCUUCACGAGCGAUGCCGUGAGUGGCUUACGCAACUCCCUUCGACACUGAAUACUCUGCCGAAGCAAUCCAAUGAUAAUCCUGAUCCUCUCUAUCGUUUGUUCUCCCGGGAGGCCUCGAUCGGACGCAAACUUCUCGACCAGGUUUGCAAGGACCUGGCAGACGUGGUGAAGGUUUGCGAUGGAGAACUAAAGCAGACAAAUCACUUGCGAACUUUGAUGAGCUCCCUGACAAAAGGAACUAUUCCUUCUCACUGGAGGAGAUACAAGGUGCCAAAGGCCAUGUCCGUGUCAGAGUGGAUUCCAGAUCUGGCUCGUCGGUUGUCUCAGCUCGAUGGCAUAACGAGUGUGCAACAAAAUCUUUCCAACGUGGAGGUGUGGCUUGGUGGACUGUUCUUCCCCGAAGCAUAUAUCACAGCGACCCGUCAAGCUGUGGCGCAUCGCAAACGGUGGAGUCUCGAGACGCUUCACCUGCGCCUAGACAUCGGCCAGAUGAACGAUCCUGGUGCAUUCAUUGUUGAUGGUCUUAUUCUGGAGGGCGCUGCCUGGGACACCGAGAAUGAAAAGUUGAUCCUCAAUGACGGGCAGGCUGUCCGACUCAAUGCCUCUCAAAUUCGCUGGGUGCAAGAUGACUCCAGUAACGAGGAACAGCCUGCCGACCUGGUCACAUUACCAGUUUACCUCAACAAUGAUCGCAGUGAUGUGAUGUUUACGGUGAAUCUGCCAUUCGAUAGACAUUCAGCGUCGCUGGUAGCAAUGAGGGCUGUUUGUCUCACCGCAAGGGGUUGAGUGCUUGAGCAGACCUAGAUUCUAAAACCAUUGGCAUGCAUAAUGUACCAUACCCAUAUCAUGAUACCAUUCCUUCGCUUGCAUUUUAUGACAAUCAUGGACGAAUUACAUAUGAUGAUCUAUUGAUAUAUCUUGCAAUGUAUGCUGCGUCUAGUCUUAGUACUCGUUAAAUGGAAAUAGUAAGAUCAUAUCAUCACUCGAUUAGGUAUUUAACACAGCC